AAUAAUAUGACGUAUAAUAAAUUUAUUUUAUUGAUUGUGAUUCUCAAAUUUUGGAGCGGCGUAAUUUGUCAAUCGCAAAAGAAUAUUCAAAUACCUUCUGAUAAAAGUUCAUGUGGCGUAGUUAAUGUUAAUUGCGCAUCAGGACAAGGAACAACCGUUGAUUGUGAAACCGGUACGAGACUUUAUGGCCCCCCAGGAAAACGCGGUCCAGCUGGAGCAACUGGCCCUAGAGGGCCCAAAGGAAAUACGGGUUCACAAGGUCCGAAAGGAAAACCUGGUAACAGCGUAAACGUUGAAGAAAUCAAGAAUCAAAUCAUGAAGCAAAUUGGUGCACAUAGUUGUGAAGAUUUGACAGAAAAUCACGGAGUUACAAAAUCGGGAUUUUAUAUUUUACGAUCCAUUGAAACGUCUCAACUAAAUUACAUCUACUGUAGUUUUGAACCCGGUAUUACCACGUGUAAUCAACUCAGAAAUAGUCAAGGAGUGAAUGAGACUGGACUUUAUAUUGUUAGACCAGAAGCAUCGUUGCCGUCUUUCAAAAUAUUCUGCAAAUUCUCUUUACGCGAUGCAAUAACAGAAAUAUGGCAUGACAAUAUGAAUGAAAUUGAAGUUGAUGGAAAUUGUGAGAGUCCAGGUUGUUACACGUGGACUCCUAACUAUUCGUUGAAUCAAGGGCAGAUUGUCAGCAUUAUUUCGAUUUCUCGAGAAUGUAGACAAUUCGUAAAGUUUCGGUGCAAAGGCGUCUUAUUAUUUCGAGAUGGACAUGGACAUUGGGUAUCACGCACUGGUCAAAAGAUGAGGUAUUGGGGUGGCUCUACCUCAAUGCGUGGAAAUUACUGCGCAUGUGGGGAAAAUGGAAAUUGCGUGGACAAUAGGUAUAAAUGCAAUUGUGACAAUAAUCAGAUCAAAAUACUGACAUCUGAUGAAGGGUAUCUCACGGACAAAACAGUGCUACCUUUAAAAGAAGUUGGUUUUGGUGAUAACGGCGAUGCUGGAGAGAAGGCUUGGUUCACUAUUGGAAAACUGGAAUGCAUGGGAUAGAUAUUUUGAAGAUAUAUGCGUUGUAGUCGAAUAAAUCAUGAUUUUUAGAGACGUUUGUGGUGCCUGUAGGUCUAAAUGCCAUUCAAGAUCACUUCCUCGAAUACAAUACAUUGAUGAG